AGCUGUGCUGUGAAACCAGGCGAACGAUACAGCGCUAUGUCACGGCAUUUAGAGGCGUUGAAUUUGCAUGAGAGUGGAGGUCGUAACGAGUUUAUGAAGGCGUUCGGAGUUAAAAUCAGUCAAAAACCUUUGGAGGUGACUGCAAAUAGAGUGAAAUUACCGUCGAUUACAUUCGCGGGAAACAAAUUUUCGGAUGUGGAUCGCGAUAAGGUUUAUUAUUAUAUUUAG